GGAGUCGGGGAGAGGAAGAAGUGAAUUUUCUGGGAUGGUCCUGGGAUUUAAACCAAUCAGGAGGCAGAGGGGGGAAAGAAAUUUAAAGCCCGGAGAGGAGAAUCCGAGCGCCUCUCUCACUCUUUGGUCCUGUUUUCCUGCGCUACCUGUGUUACCUGAAAAUGUCUUCGUGGGUCAAGGUUACCAGCGUCCAAGGUCAGAGACACGCUUUGGAUAAGAGCACUCCAGUUUAUAAAUCAUAUCCGGUGAUUUUUUAUCCACAAGAUUUGAAGGAAUGUGAAGUCACAAAUAGCAUUAAAGAAUCAGUGAAUCAUAAACAGUAUGAUUAUGCGACAGCAAAGAAAGAAAACUGUGAGCGAUACCAGUAUUCCCAGAAAGGUGAUGACCACAGUGGGGAUGACCGAAGAGAACUGCUCUUCCAACAGUUUUUCCAGCAGAUUCGUCAAGAAUGUGUUAAAGAAAGGCCAUCUGACUGUACCAUUGUUUCUGUCAGCAAAGAACAGAGGGACUAUUCAACAGCCAUAGGCUAUCGGUUGCAGGAUCAUGGCCUUGUGGUGGAAAUGAUAUACCUUUCCUCUGAGUCGGGUCUCACGCGUGCACUCCAAGAAGUUAAAAAUGAUGGUUCCCCAUUUUGUAUUCUUGUUGAACAGUCCAAUGUAACACUUUCCUCUUGCACCGUAAUUAUGCUUCAAGGGUCCAUUACAAUACGUCGCCACAUGCCCCUGGAAGAUGCAUUGACCCUGGUAGCCAAAGCAUUUGGGAAAAUUUUAGCUGAGCGUGAAAAGCAGGAAUGUGCAGAAAUUUCACAAAAAGCAGCUGAUCUGGUGGAUGACUACCUAGAACGGGAACUCAGUGAGAGUUACAGUGUGCCUCUGGGCAUUAGACAUCUCCUUUUCCUGCUAAGUGAGGGAAAACACCUGUCUUGGGAGGAGUUGAACUUAAUCAGCAACUAUGUGAAGAGAAGGAAUGAUGAAUUGGAAGGGUCUUCUGAAAAGUCAGAUCCCAUCAAGACUGCCUUGUUCCAAGCUCAUAAGAUCCCACCAUCAAGUCUUGCCAACCCCACUUCAUCUCUUCUUCCCACGCCUGUCAGGACCCCACUUGCGGGUCCAUCUCCCUUAGCUCCAGCUAAGCCUUCUCUUUUGGUCGAUGGGUCACUCGGAAGCUUACUCCUGCCUUCAGGAUCGUGUGGCCGAAAGGGUAAGCCGCCUCUCUUUCUGGCUACACCUGCUAAAAGACCCAGCCUCCUCGGAUGUCCUCCUCACCCGCCUGCCAAGCGGUCCCUGCUUGGGGAGAAGCCUGGCCUUUUGCCAGCACCAGGAAAUAAUCGUGCGGGCCGGUCUCUGUCAUAGCAGUUCUUGUCCAGUCGGUGGAAGCCCAACGGAUAGUCAAGCUGAAGCCUUUGUUGAGCUAAGAAGAUGUCCCGGGGCCCAGGCGGAAGCGGAUUGCACACUGGCUGGAAUGGACCCUUCCUCUUCUGACAGGACUGAGACCAGGCGGAACCCUACUUCCGCUCCCACAUCUCGGCAUCGGAGGAGGAAAUUCACCAUUAACGUAGUUUGUGUUUAAUUUACAUUCCCUUAAUUUUGCGGAGGCUUUCCGUUCCAAACUAGCCAUUUGCGGAAGGUCAGCACUGUAGGUAAUAUCGGAUCUUUACGUCGGGGGAACUAUACACCUCACUCAAUAAAUUACUCGUUUUACACA